GACCAGUGUUGGAUUAAAGACGCUAUUUCUUGGUAACUGAGGAAGGAACUAGCAAGAAUUAACUAUUUGUAACUGAGGUCAUUUGAUCACAUCGACUGUUCUUCGUCGAAGAAUUUAAAGGUUGUUGAAUUUUCCUUUGCGAGUCGGGCUGACUGACAAACCAAAGAUGUACCUUGGGACACUUUUGCUUGGAGCUGCCACAACAUGGAUGUUAACGUCCAUGUGCUCUGCUGGAAUCUGUGAUGAAGGUCCACCUGGGAAAUUCUGUUUUCCUGACCUCAGCGGAUACCAUGAUUGUGUGGUGAAUAAAACUACGGGGAAGAUUGACGACAAGCUGUACAACUGCCCUCAAAACACCAGGUGUAAGUGUAUGGGUAUCCCAUGUUCUACCAAUACUCCAUGUGGACCGUACAGACUCCCUCCAAUCUUUGCUGAUGACUUCACAGCAGACAUCAACGACAUCAAAACCGUCGUGACCCCAGCAGGAAAACAAACAACGUACAGUCAUUUUGGAAUCUGGCGGGAUUCCAAGAACCAGAAGUAUAGACUUGAUGCUACUAUCGCACCACACGAUCCGCCUUACGAGUAUUUCAUCUUGUUACCCAAUAACCAGUCUUCCUUUGAUGUGUACGAGGUCAUUCCUUCUACAACCAGUUGCAAAAAAACGACCAUAACAAAGUUCCCACCAAAAUUGCAAGAGCCAAGCUACUUCCAGUACAACGGCACGGUAAUCGUGACGGGUAUUGUCUGUGAUCACUGGAUCUGGCUGUCCGGAGGCAGGAAUAGCGGACGGCCUAUCAUCUCGCAGUCCUGGGAUACAAACCAGAAAAAACCAAUACAAUACCUGGCCUACUCCCCAGGGAGUCAAAUGUCCAAAACAAGUGUUAGAAUUCAGCGUUACUUUGGGUUAUUUGAUGCUGGUACCCCAGACCCUGAAAAAUUUGUUCUUCCUCGGUAUUGCGAGAAGGAAUUGGAGAAAACCCCUAAACCAAGCGAUGAAUUUUUUGAAAGUCGUGACUUGGUAUUUUAGGUUGAUACUUUUUGCUGGAAUAGAUGCAUUUACUGGAAACGUUUCUGUCAGCCCCCAAAAUCUUUUUGAUAAUAAAAAUAUAUGUCAGUCAUCAAGAAUAAAAUUAGGUUUAAGAUUACUCUUGCUGGGAUUGGGGCGCAUUUCCUUAAACAAAAUUGUCAACCCCCAAAAAUACUCUUGAUAACGUAUAUAAGUAAUAAAGAAAAUUAAUGUAAAUAAAGGUGGUUUUUUUUUUU